CUGAAAUUAGUUGUACCGGGUAUCUCAUCUUGUAGUUGGAGAUGGCAGAAGAGGGGAAGUUCCGAAUUGAAAAGUUCGAUGGUACAGAUUUCAGUUGGUGGAGAAUGCAAAUUGAAUAUUUGCUAGUUCAGAAAGAUUUGGACGUGGUUUUGGGUGACAAGCCAGAAAAGAUGUCGGAUGCAGAUUGGGCAGGUCUAGAUCGGAAAGCUAUGUCCGUGAUCCGUCUCUCGUUGACCAAGAAUGUUGCGUUCAACAUUCUGAAGGAGAAGACAGCGAAGGGAAUUAUGGACGCGCUGUCUAACAUGUACGAGAAGCCAUCUGCAGCGAAUAAAGUUUUUCUAAUAAGAGAGCUGGUGAACACAAGGAUGAAAAAUGGCACUUCAGUUCCUGAGCAUAUCAACAAGUUGAAUUCGAUCUUAGCCAGACUUUUGUCAGUGGGCAUUAAGUUCGAUGAUGAAGUUCAAGCUUUACUACUGUUAUCGUCAUUGCCUGAUACUUGGUCCGGAACUGUUACAGCAGUUACCAGUUCAGCGGGACCUGACGGAUUCACUUUUGAGAAGAUUCGUGACCUUGUUCUUGGCGAAGAUGUCAGAAGAAGGAGUUCUGGUGAGUCUUCGGAAGAAUCACUAAAUAUCGUCAGAGACGACGGAGCUCUUGAUGUGACGGGCAUGGGUGACAUAGUGCUGAAGACCCCUGUCGGUUUCUGGACUUUGAAGGAUGUCAGAGUGGUUCCAGCCUUGAAGAAAAGUUUGAUUUCUGUUAGGCAGUUGGACGAACAGGGACACGAGGUGAAACAUUGGGUCCGGAGAACCAGUAUUCCAGCUGUUGAAACAUCUCCAGAAAAUUUCUUGCUCAGUAUGGAGAUUGUUUGUUCUCAGGAUGUUCCAGGAUCCGGCAGUGCGUGUGUGCAGUGGGAGCCGGUAGGGACCGAGGAUGAGUCAAAGGCAGUUCAAGCCAUGACUGAUGGGUUGAAACUCAGGAGAGUUUCAACAGAGUCUUCUCGAUGAUCAAGAAGGCUGGUGGCAACUAGAGGUGGUGGAAUUUUGAGUUCCGUUAUCAGAUUACAGAAGUACAUGUGCACAGUUGAAGCGCAGGUGAACAUUGUUCCGUGGCUUCAAGUGGGAGAUUGUUGAGUGUGAAGCCAGGAAGCUAGGUGGAAGCUAACAGGAAAUUGGCAGGAAGCUACCGAGAAGCUUACGGCUUAAUCAUUGUCUCCCUAACUAAUCUCUAUUUAAGAGAUGCUAAUGUGCUUCCUCUUAAUGGUUCAGAUGUCUGAAUGGUUCAGCACUUAAUGGUUCAGACUGUUUGUUUCAGCCUCUUAAUGGUUCAGAUGUCUGAAUGGUUAAGAGAUUUGCCUCUGAAUGGUUAAGUAUUAUACAGAGUCUGAAUGGUUAAGACCUCUUAUCUGAAUUGAUCAGAGAUUUGCCUCUGAAUAGUUAAGCAAUAUACUAGCUCUUAAUGG